AUGGAUCUUUCUAUACUGUACCCUGCAGAUGUUAUUGGCGUAUUACAAGAUGUUUUGAAGACCCAAACUGGAAGUGGUGGUAGGAAAUCUUGUGUCAAUGUAUCCAUACGUGAUGUCGAAGGCAACGUCAUUGAGCUGGUGUUAUGGGAAGAUUACGGCAAACAGUUCAUCAACUACACUACCCCUAACAACUUUGCUGGUCCUACUAUAAUUGUAUUGACACAUGCAUGGUGCAAGCCAAACACAGUGUCGGGAUUACUGUGUCUUUCCAACGCAUGGAGCGGGUCUAAACUUCACAUCAACAUGGAACAUCCACAAGUAGAAGAAUUCAAAGCUAGUUUUGGUGCCAACUUACCUGCCCCAUCCCAAUCAUUGACUGCUGAUUCAUCUGUUCAAUCUGCUAACAAUUUCUGGACGAAAUUGUCCGAGGUGAAGAGUAUUCGUGCGGUAUCUGAAUUCGGAAGGGACUGUUUUGCAACAACCAUAGGGACUACCACUGGAUUUAAUCCCUCCAGGUUUGGAUGGUAUUUUGAAUCUUCUGGAAAUAAAGAUGCUGAACGCGUUACCAAAUUCAAACUUGAGGUGGAGGUGGAAUAUGAUAACCAUAAGGGGAUCUUUGUUUUUUGGGAUAAGGAUUGUAUCCCUUCUACUAAGUUGACUGCUCCGGAAAUAAGAGAAAUUAUGAAGAAGGCUGGAGAGGACAAUCCUAAGAUAUGGUCUACUCACCUCGAUGUUCUCUUGAAUAGACAAAUGGUCUUCCGUAUCAAGUAUCAAUCACAAUUCAGACGAUUCUCCAACGUGAAAAUACUCAACGAGGAUGGCCUUUACAAAAAGUUUGAUGACUACCUCACACCAGUUGAAGGAGCUAAUGAUGCUGUAAUGGAUGUGGAAACAGAGUCUCCAGCUCUUAUACCAAAUCAACUCACACAAACUUGCGAACCGUCAAUUGUUGCUGAACCAGAUUCGAUUGCUACGCAUACUGGGAGUCCUUCGGCAAGUUGCAGCAGUACUCCUGCCAAGAGGGAUAUUAUGUCAACCUCAAUUAACGACUUGAUUCAGUUUGAAGAACUCACUCCUAAACAAUCAGCCACUAAGGGCACCAAAGGAAAGAAGACCAAGCAAUUCAAAAAGGAUUAA